UAUACUUUCAACUUUCAUUCAUUGACUUCAUUCAUUUCCUUCACUUCCCUGCGCUUGGUCAUUAAUUUCUUUACCCAAUGUUUUCCACAGUCGGUUGUCGCUUUUUGUCGAAGACCAGAGGAAGAGUGGCAGUCAUAGUGGCUAGACAACUGAAGGCUGUUGCACUUGAACCAACUCACCUGAUUCAAAGAUCAUUUGUGUCCUGGAACAAUAUCAAUAAUGCAACCGCACAUGCUUGCCAACAGCAACAGGAAGAAAAACGGGCAUCAUCUCAACCACGACUUCAAUCGCAGCCAGAGCCAUACUUACUAAAACAAGAGCUAUAUAUACAAAAGCAAAAUGAAACAAGACAAGAACAAUUGAGAGAAGGAAGAGGAAGAGGAAGAGGAGAAACAGGAGGAGGAGCGACGUUGCCGUUGCCAACAGCAUUGAAAAUGGAAUUAACGCCGUUGUAUAGUUUCCAUGGAAUAUCAGAACGAGACAUGCUUCUUUCUGAGAUGCGACAUCAUCGGGUAUCAUGGAGAACAAUUAGUCUUCACUUUGGAAUAUCACUCAUGGAGGCUUUCUACAUCUAUAUUGGGACAGUUUCCAAGGCGCUUAGACAUGGAUGGACGCCUCGAAUGACAUUACUGGAUGUGGAGCAAUACAUUGCACCUACAACUAUGCAACGAUCUUGAAAAGAAAUCAGUAUGCAAGUAAAGAAAGAUGCUUAGAUCUGUGAAAAAGACAAGUGUUGACAACAGGAAAAAUAAAUAAAAAAUGGAACGAUGUACGAGCAUGCGUGAGAGCAUUCUUUGCA